CACAGACCAAGCCCACAUGUUGCCUGCUGUUGUGCUCAGUUGAGUUUCGGUUUGCGCGCUGACGAGUCUAUGAAAACGGAAAAUCGCCGAAUUUUUGUUUGGUGUUUGUUUUGAGGAAAAGUUAUAAGCAGUGGAGUGUCGGUGGAAAAGCUUUUCGAGUGUGUGAAAUGUAGUUUUGUUUCGGCAUAUUCGAAAUAAUUAAGAACAAAGCAGGCAGCAGGAUAUAUCCACAAAUGAAAUAAAUAUCAAAUAAAAAGCAUAAAUAAUAACUAAAAAAAAAACGAAAUAAAAAAUUUGACAAAAAAUAUUUAUUCAAUUACAUUGCAGACAGAUAUCCGUUUCCGGCACAUUGUUCUAUUUGCAUGUAAAGAUGUGUGUAUGCGUGCGUGUGAUCGUCGUCCACAUUUUAAUGAAUGAAUCAGCAGUAAGUGCCUACAAGACUGAAUGAUUAAACAAAACCACGCAAGGGCAAAAAAAGAGCGACAAAGGAAGGACUGUUUCAAAGAAAACAUACCCAAUUACAAACGUACUCUACUACAACUACGAAAAAGGCAAUAAAAACUAUUUUCAUUAACGAAUUUCAUUUACCUGCCAGGCAAAAGCAAUUUGAAAUGCUUAUCUCUUGCCGCACCGUGACGCCGGUAUGAAAGGACAAAGGGAACCGUAAAAAUAAACACAAUAAUACAAGUGCAUUUACACACAUUAGUCAUAUAGAAAUACAUACACACAUGCGCCUAUUGUUGGUCUGUUGCGCAAAUAAGGAAGUGUUCUACUAUGUAAAAAAGAUAAAAGUGCGCAUUUUGAAGUGAAAGAUAAGAUAUUUAUUACAGCAAAUCGCUUAGAGUGUACAAAGAACACGUACAAAAAUUGCAUACAAAAAAAAAAUAAAAAUUAAAAUUAAAAAUAUAAGUAAGUUCCAAAUAUAUUUUGCUCACUCAGUUUUGUGUACUUUAUUCAUUGUUGUUGUCACCAAACAAUUUUCCGAUUUUGCUGUUACUUAGCUAUACAAAUAAAAGUCUAUUUGUAUAGCUCAUAGAUAAGCUGAAAAUAAGUAAAAAAUAUUCAUUACAUACUUACAUUCAUUCAUUCACUCCGCUGAGAAAGUGUACCAAGCAAUCUACAUAAGUGUAAAGCAGUUUUAUUGCUGGUUGUAAAACUCAACGGCCUUAAGCAGCAACAACACCUCAUCAUGGCAGCUGAUAUACGAGCAAUGACUUUUUCUAGCGUACAUUCAAAACAUUUACUGGCCUUAAUCAUCUUAAUUGCAAUCAGUGGUUCACUGGUCAAUGCUGACAGUGUGACAGAAAUCACCACAGCCGUGCCUGCAAUGAGCCCAACCUCAGCACUAACAACUAUAACGCUAUUGACGAAGAGUUCACCAUAUGGCACAACCACCGGCACAGUACUGACGAGCAACAAUACAACAGAUACGUCGAACUCAAUUAUAUUAGCUGGGCCGGGUUCGUCAGCCGCCACGAAGGCUACCGCAGCAUCGUUGAUACCACAUCCACCACCGGCUUUAAAGACGACUGGCAAACUGUUCAAUAAAAGUUUACCGAAACGUCGAAAAGCUGGUGAGAUCUCAGCUAUACCUGUUUAUGAUCCGAGUGUGGAGUGGAAAUGUCCGAAUGUGACGAGUUCGCGUAGUUUGGAAUGUGGCUGUGACUUGCCGCAUACGCUGCGCUGUACAGGAGAUUUACAUGGCUUGACGGUACUCGCAAGUAAUCUAAGGGUCUCGCCCUAUACCAUCUCACUUUUGGACUGCUCGUUGCGGAAUGUAACUUUCUUGAGUGAUGCCAAGAUCUUCGAAGGCAUUUCCUUAUAUGGUUUGGUUAUUUCAUCGGGCGAAAUAAAACGUGUACACAAGUCAGCUUUUCUGGGCAUUAAAGGACCGCUACAAGCACUGGGUCUACCUGCAAAUGCGCUUUUGAGUGUGCCUUGGAAUUCAAUAUCUACGCUUACAGCGCUGGAACGCUUAGAUUUGUCAAAUAAUAAAAUAAAAGCUUUGGGCACAUCCGACUUUGCUGGUCUCUCGAACCUCGUAUACCUUGAGUUGAGCAACAAUCAAAUAUCCAGCAUUUCUCAACGUACCUUUAUGAAUUUGCGUAAAUUGGAGGUAUUGAAGCUGGGCGGUAAUCGUUUGGGCGACUAUCCUACUAGCUUAAAAGCGCUCACAGCUUGCUAUAAUCUGCGCCAACUUGACUUGUCCGCCAAUAAUCUGAACGGUCCCCUAACUGCCAACACCUUGCCCGGCUUGCGCAGUCUGGAGUCCUUGGAACUGAACCGUAAUCUCAUUAAGAGCAUACAGAAUAAAGCUCUGCAAAACUUCUCGGGCCUUACUAGCCUCUCGCUGAGACACAAUCAAAUUGACGUCCUCCAAGAUCACGCUUUUUAUGGUUUGGGCACAUUGGAAAAUCUCGAUUUGAGCUAUAACGGCAUUGUCGCCAUUUCAAGCGCAUCACUGCAACAUCUCACACGCCUCACAACACUCGAUCUCACACAUAAUUUUCUACGCGCUCUAACCUCUGAUUUGAUCGCACCGCUACCCUCGUUGCAAGCAUUGCGUUUAGCCGGCAAUGAUAUCUCGAUUGUUGCCAAGAAUGCUUUGGAUGGCGCACGCGAACUGAAGAGUCUCUCCAUGCAGGAUAAUCCUUUGUCCUGUGAUUGUACCAUACGUUCAUUUGCCGAAUGGUUACAGGAGGCCAAAAUACAAUCGGGUGAUUUGAUAAGUGCGACUUGUGUGACGCCGCCACGGUUGGAGGGUGCCCCACUGAUACAGGUACCAUUGGAGACUUUGAACUGUGAAAUGGAUAAUGUGGAGAAAGAUAAUGCGAACAUAAUCGAACAGUUGGAGGCGAUAACGAGACAAAAUCACACCACACACAUCAAGGAUCUAUCAGAGGAGAUUGUAUUACAUGAACUACAUUUCUCAGCCGAUUAUGGUCUAAUAUUAACCUGGAUACUUAACUUGAGUAAGAAUGAUUAUAUGUGUGACGCGAUCUUUGUUUACAAAGAGGAGAAUAUCAACGAAAUACUGAUCGAUAACUCACCGAUCCAUUGCGAAAGCAAAGUGCUGAAUGGACAAAAUACCGUCAGCGUAAUUGUGCCGGAUAGUUCCACAUUGGAAAUUGGCGAGAGCUACCGAUUCUGUCUUGUAAUGGUGCAGGAACAAAAUCAUGAUGCCGAUUUGAAUGUGGGCUGUUCGAAUAUUACCAAACUACAACUCAGCAGCCCCGGCUCAGUACCCGAAGUACGUCAAUAUCAAAGACGUCCAUACCGCACUGAAUUAACCACAUACCGUGACACCGAAAACGGUUUAACGUCCAUUGCGACACAUACAGUGGAUGAGAAUUACCCGAACUCCAAACGAAAUUAUAAUACAAUAUACGAUGAAGAUAAUGAAUUACAGCAACACCAACAACAACAACAUAGUACACAAAAACAUACCUAUAGCUUUCUAGAUUCUCUGAAUAAAAGUUUUCUGCCCGGUUUGGGUGUGGGCAUACUGGUAACUUCGGUGGUGGUGCUCGUUUGGGGUGCCACACGAAUACGACAAAACUCGAUAAAUAGCCGACCGAGUACGCCCACGGCUACCACCUGUUAUGCCGCCUCGGAGCAUAUAGCACGUUUGGCGGAUGUCGAGAAUGGCACACGUUACUUGAAAUUGCAAGCGACAACCAGUUUGUGAAGUGUGGCCAAAGAGCGUCAAACAAUGAAUACCGCCCAAAUUGUUCAGUCGUAUCGAGUCAGUUUUAGUGGAGUAUAUAACAUAUAUAUAUGAUAGAUAUGUAUAACCGUUAUUAUUGUGAGUUGUCGCAUUUUAGAUUACGACAAUCGGCAGCUCUUGUGAUAGUACUUUGUACCAAUGCAUUAAAUUACAUUUUAUUUAAUCCUCUUUUAAACGACUUUCUAGUUUUAAAGUUAACACUUUAGCACCUAAGCCAAAUAUUAAAAACAAAAAUUUGUUAAUUCCUUUCGUAUUUAGUAUUUAAUUCUUGUAGUUUUAAGUCUAAUUGAUUUUCACAACAAUUUUGGUUAAGAUAAAAGUCCUUUUUUUAUUUUUUUGUUUAAGGAGCACAGUAGAGCUGCACAGUAGUUUGUGCAUAGUUUGAUUCCUUGUGCCAUAGUUGAAUAUUUCCUACACUUACAUUCACAUCAAUUUUAGUUCUUUAAGUUUUCCAGCCUUUCACUUUCGUGGAUUUACUAAACAAAAAAUGUUUUUCAAUUUUUCUUGGAUUAGCACCCAUUUAUGCAUUCAU